AUGGCCCCCAUCACCCUCACCCUCCCCUCCGACUACGGCUACGUCCUCCUCGCCGCCUCCUCCACCUUCUUCAUCAACACCCUCCAUGCCGUCCUCACCUCCAAAGCCCGCAAGGCCUCGGGCAUCAAGUACCCCGUCUCCUACGCCUCCAACGACCUCGCCGAAAAGGACCGCAAGGCCUACCUCUUCAACUGCGCCCAGCGCGCCCACAACAACUUCACCGAGAACCUCACCCCCUUCCUCGGCUCCCUCCUCAUCUCUGGGCUCCAGUACCCCAAGUUUGCCGGCGCCCUCGGCGGCCUCUGGGCUUUUGCCAGGGUGUUGUUUGCCUUGGGGUAUACCAGUAAAGGACCAGAGGGGAGGAUGAUUGGUUCUCUCAUCGGCUCCCUCACCGACUUUGUCCUCAAGUUCACUGCUGCUUAUACUGCCGUUGGCUUUGCCCUUCAGUGGUGA